AUGAUGUCAAAUCAAGGGGAACCCCACACUGCCACAAUUCAGUUCAAUUGGAAUGUUUUACCCGUCACGAGACUUGAAGAGUCUCAAAUAGUUGCCCCUUUAGGUUGCCUAUAUUCUCCAUUUUCAAACGAGACGGAAGCCAUACCCCAUACAACAAAUCUACCUAUUACGUGCCUGUCAUGUCAAACAUACUUGAAUCCAUUCAUUAAACUAGAUAGAAAGAAUGGUAUGUGGUGGUGUCCUUUUUGUGAGAAGAGAUCAUAUUUACCAGAAUAUUUGCCCAUCCCAGAAGCAAUCAACAGUGUUAACGACUGGCCAAUUGAAAUGCGAGAAACUAGUCUGACUAUAGAUUAUCAUUUGCCUGAAGAUAUUACAACCCCAACAAAUGAUAAUAUACCAUUAGUAUAUUAUAUUGUUAUAGACACUUAUCAGCAAUUUGCGGAUUUGUCGUUCAAAUCGUUGAUUAAAUCAAUCAUUCAGAUACUUCACAAGCUACCAUUUGGAAGCCUAAUAGGAUUAAUGACGUUCAACAAGAGUGUCCAAAUUCACAAUAUGGUGAAAAACGAAAUGAUUGAUGUUUCCAUAGGUGAUAUUUUAACUUCAACUUCAUAUACUAAAUUAUUCCAAGAAGAAACUAUUACUUGUUUGCUCAGGAAAUUAAAUCUCCUGCCACGAGUCAUGGAUUCAAAUGAGAAUAAACUAUUAGAUGCUGGAUAUUUGAUAGAACUAAACCCGUCUAGCAUUGGAUUUAUAACUGACUAUAUCAGAAACUUGAAUGGAUUAUAUACGGAGAGUUUCAAACCUCCUAGAUGUACUGGAUUUGCUCACUAUGUAUAUUCCAUUAUGUUUUCCCAACUCGGGUUUAGAAAUUUCAUGGGGAAGGUUUUGUUCUUUACAAGUGGUCCUUGCACAGAAUUUCCAGGGAAAAUUGUUGGUGAAAAAGACCAAAUGAGAACUCAUAAGGAUAUAUAUGCAUUAGAAGCAGACAAUUUUACUGCAUCUUCCAAGUAUUAUACUUUACUUUCGUACAUUGCAUGUGGACAGUCUGUUAAAAAGUCUCUUGAAAUCUACAAGUCUUCAUCUUUGAAAACAACAAAGUACGAUAUAGAUCCAAUAGCUCCUGUUUGGUCAGUUAAUCUAAUCGUGGGUUCAUUGGAUCAAGUUGGGGCAUACGAAAUGAAACCACUCAUUGGGAACAGUUCAGGAAUAGUUUAUUUGUUAGAAACAUUUGACUCCUACUUACUUCCACAGAUGAUUUCCAGUUGUAUUGAUUCAACUAAACGGAAAGUGACCCUAGAGGUAUCUACAUCGAAUGGCUUGAAAACUUCAAAAUUAAUAUCUAAUGGAAAUUAUGCGCUUCCUUCGUCAUAUCACAGGGCUUCAAAAUUCCACCAUUUGUAUCAUGAUAAAAUUGAUGACGAGCUAGGCGAAUUUGAUUCUCCUCAAUUCAAAGGUGGGUUUACAAACAAAUGGAAAUUUAAUGAGUUAUCCCAGGAUGAUACAUUGUCGUUAUUUUUCAAAAUGGAAACCAUUAGAUCAAAUUCUGAAUUGACGAAAUCUGGUAUAUCUCAAGUAUAUAUCCAAUUCAAGAUUAAAUACUGGGACCCAGAAGAACGAAAAUGGAUAUUAAGAAUUACCACCUUAAGGAAACCAACAACACUAGCUUACUUGAAUAUUGAUUCUAAUCGUAAAAGUGAGAUAUAUAAAGAUCACAAGUUUCUUUUAGGAUUCAACCAAAAAGUUUGGGUAGUUUUAUUAGCCAGACUAAUAAUCAAUAAAAUUGAUACAAAUCUUGGCUAUUCAUCCUUUGACAAAGUAGUACAUCUUAUUGAUAGAACGAUGAUAAAACUUCUUUAUCAUUUUGGUGGGAUUUCGGUCAAUUCAAACCAGCCACAGUCAUCCAACCCUUAUUAUCGUUUGCGAACCAUGUAUGAAAUCAAUGAAAAUUUUAGGGCUUUACCUUCCUUAAUUUACAACCUAAAACGAAAUUUGAACCUAAUCAAAAUUUUCAAUUCCAGUCCCGAUGAAACUGCGUUUUGUCAUUUGUGGUUUUUAAGAAUGAAUUCAGAAUUAUCAUUAACCGUGAUAGAACCUGUUUUGUGCAACGUAGAAGGAGAAAAAGUUACAAGAUUACCAUUAGAUUCAAGCUGCUUGGAGUCAGCUAAAAGUGAAUCAUUCUUAGUGUUAGAUUCUGGAUUUUUGUUGGUAGUAUACUACCAAUAUUCUCAAGAUGACAAAUUGCCAUUACAUCCAUCAAACAAUGAUGCUAUGAUUGAAGAUAGAAAUGAGCUUUUGCCUUGGAAAUUUAUUAGUGAUCUACUCAAAGACCGAAAGAUUGUUACAAAAGUUGUUUUCACACAACGAAAUCAUUCACAAGCAAGAUUUUUAUUAUCGAGACUAGGACCAGUCGAGGAAGACAUUCCAAAUAUGAAUCAAUUAGAUAUAAACAAGAGUUCUAGCUAUUGGUCUUUCUUGAAACCUUCAAAAAACAAAACUAGAGUAAUCACCGAUGACCUUACUUUGAAACAGUAUUAUGACAACUUGGUGAAACAAGUGAAAAACUACCAUGUAUAG